AUGGCAACCUAUACAACGAAUUCGACUCAAAUUACCGAGGGAGCUUCACUCUCGCAAUUCUUCACUACACUCGUCGUGUCUGCUACUGUCGCUAUUAUCGAAAUUACAAUAUUCGUCAUUAUUAGAAAAAAAUUCAAACGUAUCUAUGAACCAAAAACAUAUCUUGGAGAUGAAAAUCGACGAGUUGAACCUUUGCCAAGUACAUGUUGUGGUUGGUUAUCCACUUUACUCAAAAUGCCGCAGGAAGAUUUGAUUCGUACAUCGGGUCUCGAUGCUUACUUUUUCGCUCGUUACCUCUACAUGCAUGCCUUCUUUUUUUUAAGUUCGUUCGUUCUUGUAGCACUUAUUCUAUUACCUGUCUAUAUCGUUGAUGGAAAAGGUGCAUCUUACGGUAAAACAGGACUUGACAUACUAACUUUUGGUAAUAUUCAACCACGUUAUUCUUCUCGUUACGCAGCUCCUUUGGUACUUGCUUAUAUUUUCAUCGGCGCAUAUCUCUACUUCCUCUACGCAGAGAUGAAAAUUUUUGUCGGAAAACGUCAAACAUUUCUCAGAAGUCCUGCGUAUCAAUCUUGUGCCAGUGCAACAACUAUUCUUGUGACUGCAAUACCAAAAGAAUAUAUGUCAGAAGCUGUUCUCUUUCGAAUCUUCAAUAAAUUUCCUGGCGGGGUGAAAUAUAUCUGGUUGAAUCGGAAUCUUAAAGACCUUCCUGAUAAAGCGGAUGAACGCAUGAAACUCGUUGAAAAACUCGAAACGACUGAAUGUAAAUUGAUCAGAGCUGCACUGAAAGACGAGGCAAAGUAUCGAAAAACGAUAAUUGAAGAAGACAUUAUCGACAAAUAUUUUUCAGAAACGAAGCGACCUACAAUGAGAAUGGGAUCUAUUCCAGUGCUCUCUUCAUUAUGCUUCGGCGAAAAAGUCGAUACACUUACAUAUUGCAAAGAGACUAUUUCUCAGCUGAACACUACAAUUGAAAGAGCAAAAACAUCACUCGAUAAUUAUGUAGUAAUCAAUUCUGCAUUCAUUCAAUUCAAUAAAUCAAUAGCAGCUCAUAUGGCUGUUCAAUGUGUUGCAGCUUCAAUUCCUUUAGCAAUGACACCACGUUACAUCGAUGUUAAACCGGUAAAUAUUGUUUGGUCCAAUUUAACUCUGACUUAUUACGAGAAAAAAGUUAGAGAACUUGCCAUAUUGGCGGCAACCAUUGCUCUCAUUAUUUUCUGGGCAAUUCCCGUUUCUUUCGUAGGUAUUCUCUCAAAUCUAACGUAUCUCACAGAUAAGUUAACCUUUCUUCGAUUUAUUUACAACUUACCAACCGCUCUUCUUGGCUUAAUCACUGGUCUUUUACCUACUGUUCUGUUAGCGAUUUUAAUGGCAUUACUUCCUAUCGUCCUUAGAUUACUUGCAAAAAUGUCUGGAAUUCCCACUACAGAUGCCAUUGAUUAUUAUUUGCAAGGAUCUUAUUUUGUUUUUCAAGUCGUUCAUGCUUUUCUGUUCGUUACUAUUUCGAGUAGUGUUACAAGCGUUAUUACACUUAUCAUUCAAAAUCCUCCUAGCGCCGCAACAAUACUUGCUGCCAAUAUUCCAACGGCGAGCAAUUUUUUCUUUAGUUUCCUGGCAUUACAAGGAUUGAGCAUGGCUGCUAAUGUUUUGUUGCAAGCUGUCGUGCUUAUUUUAUUUUAUCUGUUGGGGACAUUAUUCGAUAAUACACCGCGAAAAAAGUCGAGACGUUACUUCACACUUUCAAGUCUCGAGUGGGGCACGAUAUUUCCUAUUUUUACAAACUUCGUCGUAAUUACUCUAGUUUAUUCAAUUAUCGCACCGUUAAUUCUUAUCAUUUCUGGAUUCGCAUUUGCUUUGUUUUAUAUUGCCUACAUUUAUACAAUAUUUUACGUCGCAGAUUUUUCAAACGAUAUCGGUGGUCUUACGUUUCCAAGAGCAAUCUAUCAGUCGUUUACUGGUAUUUAUCUUAUGGAAAUUCUACUUGCAGCAUUAUUCUUUCUUGCACAGAAUGAAUUCGGUGCACAAUCGGCUAUUCCUGAAGGUGUGUUAAUGUGUAUAUUGAUUGUUCUAACAAUCGGUGUUCAUUUUAUGAUGAGCUCUAGUUUCGAUUCUUUAACACACUAUUUACCUAUGGAUGCAGAAGAAUUAUCACCACUGGAAGCACCGGUUUCGAGAAAACCGAUAAUGCAAGUUCUGGAUCUUUCUAGAACGAACAAUGUCACUAAUAUAGACAACGCUAUUAAUGAGUUGUACGACAAUACCGUGGGGCAUGCCUACAUGCAUCCGGCAUUGCGAGAUCCCAAGCCAAUCAUCUGGAUUGCAGAAGAUAAGUUGGGUAUUGCAACAGAAGAAGUACGACAAACACGAGCUUCCGGUUUGAAUAUCCUAAUGUCAACUAAAGGCGCACGAUUCAAUAAAAAGAUGAAGAUUGAGAUCAACAGUAUGCCUCCCGAUCAUGUAAAAACAUUAGAAAACAACAAUGGUAUUGAUCGGACUCGUUUUUAG